GAUGUCAAGUCACCACUUAAUAAAAAUGAAAAAGAGGGAGUUCAUGUUGCAUUAAAAAGCUUAAAAAAUUCUUCAAAUAUUAGUGAUGAUUUCUUAAAUGAAUUGAAAAAUCAUUUACACUGUUUGAGUUCAGAUGAUUUGUCAACAGUACGCAUAUUUGGAAUAACCCAAGAUCCAGAAACAUCGAAUUACAUGAUAGUAAUGGAAUUAAUGAAUGGAGGAAAUUUAAGAUCUAAUUUAUUAAUAAAAAAAUAUAAUCCACUUGAAAAAUACUAUAAUUUAAUGCGUAUAGCAAAUGCACUUCGAACUUUACAUGAAUGUAAUAUAAUCCAUGGUGAUUUCCACAGUGGAAAUGUUCUUUUAAAUAGUAAUAUUUCCUAUAGUUCAUUUUAUAUAAGCGAUUUCGGAUUAAGUAGACCAGUAAAUCAAACUAUUAAUUCGAAUGAAAUUUAUGGAGUGAUUCCUUAUAUGGCUCCAGAGGUAUUACGUGGUAAACCAUAUACUAAAGCUGCUGAUAUUUAUUCUUUUGGAAUUAUUAUGUGGGAAUAUACAUCUGGUAUUCCUGCUUUCAACAAUAGACCUCAUGAUUUUAAUCUUUCUUUAGAUAUUUGUAAAGGUUUGAGACCGGAAAUUUUUAAAGGUACAUUGCCGGUUUAUGCAAGAUUAAUGAAGAGGUGUUGGGAUUCUGAUCCUAAUAAAAGACCAACAGCUGAUGAAUUAUAUCAAAUCAUUUAUUUUUGGUAUGAUUAUUUACCGAAAUGUUACGAGAAUGAUAGGGUAAUUCCUAGUAAGUUAAAAAAGAAUUGA